UUGAGCAUGUACAAGGUUGGUCUUCCCUACUGCUCACCCCUUGCCAGAUUUGACCCGGAAGGUCCCCCAGGCAGCCUGCAGCAUGUUCUCCAUCACCGAAUGGCAGAAGAUUGGCGUGGGCACCGCCGGCUUUGGCAUCUUCUUCAUCCUCUUAGGAGUACUCCUGUACUUUGACUCCGUGCUCCUGGCCUUUGGAAACCUGCUGUUCCUGACAGGCCUCUCCUUCAUCAUCGGACUGAGGAAGACUUUCUCCUUCUUCUUCCAGAGACAUAAGCUCAAGGGGACCAGCUUCUUUCUGGGGGGUGUGGUCAUUGUGCUCCUGCGCUGGCCCCUGCUGGGCAUGUUUCUAGAAACCUACGGAUUCUUUAACCUCUUCAAGGGCUUUUUUCCUGUGGCCUUUGGCUUCCUGGGCAAUGCCUUCAACAUCCCCUUCCUGAGUUCGCUGUUCCGCCGACUACAAGGAGGCACCAGCUCAAUGGUCUGAACAGCAGAGAUGAGCUCCUCGAACUUGGCUCAUUGGUUGAGGGGGCUGGACAGGAAAUGAGGUCAUACCCUCAGGCCCCCACCCUGCACUGACUCAUCUCCCGGUCACACCUGGGCCUCUCCAAGUCCAGAAGGAAGGAUGGAGCUGAAUGACUGACCUCCAAUGCCCAAAUCAACGUCAGGACUGUUGGGAGCAGAGAUGCAGAGCCCCACAGAGAUCGGACUGGGGCUGGUAUCACACCCCCCACACUGUAUUUACGGGAGGAAAAGCAAAGAUUAAAUCCCCAAGCUAUG